AUGGGCGGCAAAGGAAAAGGACGUGGCAAGGGCCGCGGCUCCUCAGCGUUCACUCGCAGCCUUGAUAUUCCACCACAAGCCGUGGGAUCGGUUAUCGGUCCUGGCGGUCAAACCAUCAAGGCAUUCCAGGCAAUGGAGGGCAUUGACUACGUGAGCUUGGUUGACGGAGAAGUCCUCAUUGGUGGACGAUUGCCGGAAGCCGUUGAGAAGGUGAAGGAUCAGAUCCAGACCUUGAUCCACCGAUCGGACAUCAAGCUGAGGAGAGGAGCCGUGCAGGUAUACAUGGAUGCGGACACACGCUCGGUGCGUUUUUCGGCUAUGCAUCCUCCAAAGAUGCUCGCAAACUUCGAACCUUACCUUGUUAAAGGAAGGCAGUUCAUGCUCCUGAGCCGGGCCGGUGACGACUUAUCGGCUACACUUGCAGAUCUCCGCGUGUCUCCCCAGAACAUGCCCGAGACCGUCGUCAAGAAAUGGAGCAUGGAGCUCAUGGUUGAAGCUUUCCAAGAACUUCUGCUACAGAGCAAGGAGCCACUCAAGGUUGAGAUACGUCUGGGCGUCCUGGCCUUUCACAGCCUCAGUCAUGACGCAAGCCAUACCGCCUCCAUAGCCGACUUUUUGGGCUUCAGCCCUGGCAAGGAUUACAAGACGCAGUUCUGCCCGCAACUCAAGAAGGCCAACCUCGAAAGCGAAUUGCUUCAAGAAGGCUACGAGUUGUGUGAAGCUGGCACAUGUACCAAGGUGGGCCUCGUCGAUGCAGAAGGCAAGACCAAAAGCAAGGUGACCUUCGUGGACGUAGAUGGUGGCACAGAUCCGCGGCAUGCGGAAGAGAAGCGGAAGGAGUUGGAGCGCAUCCGCAGGUGCAGGACUCCUGCGGAAGUUUUGGGGCUGCCGCCAGGAGCAGCAGCAGUUGAGGCCAAGAAAGCCUUUUUCAAGAAGUCGCUGCUCGUGCAUCCUGACAAGAAUGUUUUGCCUGGAGCCGGCGAAGCGAUGAAGGUUCUGGUUGCAGCCAGGGAGGCUGCGGAGAAGGGCCGCGUGAAUCAGCACCUGGAGAUCCCACACUUCGAGAUUGGAGAGCCGCCCAUUGAGCUUCCUCAAAUGCUCAGUUUCACACAGAAGAGGCAGCUCUUUCAGGGGGAUGUCGGCAAGUUGGAUGGAGAACUGGGAUUCCGAAGUGACGUUUUCGCUGAGCUUCAUGUGGAUGAGCCGAGGGCGACAGGCUUCUUGGAGUCAGCUUGGAAGUCCGGUGCGAUCAAGGAAGGUGGGCAGUUACGGUCCAGCAAAGUCUACAGCAUUGAAACCGUGCGGAUGAAGACAUGGAAGCUCCUCACCAAUGGCCCCAUACGCGUGUCGCUUGAGGAGGUCAAGCAAAAGUCAAUCGAGACCUGCGGUGACUUCGGAACCUAUCCAGAGAUCACCUUGUCAUCAGCUCCGCUUGAUGAGCUUAUGUCAAAGGUAAAGGAUGUGCCGAGCACGCAGGAAGGAGCGCAGUUUUUUCAGGAGCUUGUCUCCAGCGCAGUCGCACUCUGCAAGAGGCUCAAUGCUCGCUGCUGA